AAUUAUACAGUACACAUAUAAUGCAUAUAUCACAUGCGUUUCCAUAGUGAUAACAAGUGUAUAGAAAUGGAGAUCGAACCGCAUUUCACAUUUAUGCCAUCAAAUGAAAAAACUUACGUGGGAUUUGACGAUAAAGAAAUGCAAGAAUAUCUUUCUAAAUGGGGUUUGAGAGGAAAUUUUUUCAUUCAGAAUUUUUUAUUCAAUGGAACGUUUCAAGAGUAUCAUAAGUAUCACAUGGCCGAUACUUUUUUUAAAGAUGACUUGGUUGCAAAAACAUUAUUGUCCAAGCAGGACAACGUCUGGAUAAGACAAGGUAUACGAGCGAUGAGCGUGGAAGUAAGACAAGUACCAUGUUCUGUUUUAAGUAUGUCAUUCUUUGAUAAACUGAAAAAUCCUGAUAAUGAUAUAAUAUAUAAUUCAGGAACAAUCUGUAAAAGAUAUGAUAUGCAAAGGGAGGAGUUUUUAAUAUCUGAUAAUCUGCGCAACAUGCUUUUGAAUGAGGAAGCAGAAGAAUAUAAUUUAUAUUCGGAAGAGGAAAGAAACGAAUUUUUAUUUCGAAUUUUUCAAAUUCUUGUUCUUGGUGGCACAUUGUGUCAGUUUGAGGACACACUACAACCUUAUUUGAACGUUACCAAGAGUAUCUAUAAAGAUCUUAUAAGAGUACAACAACAAAGCAACACGAAUAAUUUAGUCGUGGAUACAUUGGUAUUGGAAGUAAUUGCUAAAGAUCACAGAGGUCAAGAGUAUUUUCCAUCUAAUUCUAGCCACAGACAAAAUGUUGCAUUUCUAUUAAUACAUACGAAAACUCGCGAAAUUACGACUUUUGUGCAUCAAUAUGGUGGAUAUUGUAAUUCUGUUGUAUGAAUCGCGCUAUCGAGUUUGUGAUACCAUUAUUGUUGUAAAAACUUUUAAUACGAUAAAUAUAAUAUAUUACGGUUAUGAA